CUCAUCAACAUCUCCCUCCCACUUUCAAGAUUUGCUCCGAGUCUCCAAGUGAUGGCAGCAGGCUGGAAGUCAAGGAGAAACUCGUCUCAUCCUUGUGCUGCUCCAGUCAUGGGCUUUUCCCUCUGCCUAAUUACUCUGCAUCUUCUUCUCUCUCAGUGCACAGCUCAGUGGUGUUACCAGCGACAGUUCUGCGAUGACUCGUGCAAAGACCCAAGCCGCUGGGAAACCGAGUUUCCUCGCUGUGGAGGAUUGCACCAGUCUCCCAUUAACAUUGUCACCAGAAAUGUGCACGUGAACGACAACCUGCCUCCCCUGGUCUUCAUUGGUUACACUGAUAUCAUCAACAUUACUGUGGAAAACAAGGGACACUCAGGUAAUGAUGCAGACACUGCUCCCAGCAUAAAAAGAUCAUUUCUGUGGAAGCAAAAAAAAAAAACUUAUUAUGACCGUCCUUCCUCCCCUGCAGCUCAUUUUGCCCUACCUCCAUCAGUGCGAUUGACUGGUGGAGCUCUGCCCGGUUACUACAGAGCGGCGCAGUUCCACUUCCACUGGGGAGGGAACGGGAGGCCGGGGUCGGAGCACACUAUUGAUGGAGAGAGAUUCCCCAUGGAGCUGCAUAUAGUCCACAUCAAGGAGCCAUACAACUCUCUAGCAGAAGCACAACAUGACAUGGCAGGCAUAGCUCUGCUGGCUUUCCUGUUUGAGGAAACAACUGAUGAUCACCCUCAUUUGGACACAGUCAUAGCUGCUCUGGGCCUUGUACAAAACAACGGGAGCACCACCGUCAUCCCAAACUUUCAUCUGAGUGACAUCAUCCCACCAGCGAGUGACCUUCACCAUUACUACCGUUAUGUGGGCUCCAUGACUACGCCGGGAUGUGAGCAUGCAGUAGCCUGGACUGUGUUUCAUCGAACUCUGCCCAUCAGCAGUCGACAACUGGACGCCAUUGUCAAACAGUGUCGAUUCUGGACAGGACUCCCAAUGACAGACAUCUACAGACCCACACAGCCUCUGGAUGGCAGAAUAGUGUACCGCACUAACUCAGGAACAGUUCAGAGGAGAGUCCUCCACAUGUGCAUCCGUAUUUUUUUAGCUGUGCUUUUCACAUUAGCGCUGACACACUAAAUGGUCAGAAGGAAAAGAACUCUGGAGGAAGGCUGCUCCAGACCUGUGGUGCCCCGGAGUCAAUGAGGAAAAGUUCAAAUGCUGCACAUUUUUGUCAAGCAUUAAAAGUAGAUAAAUAAUGUAACAAUUGAAAACAAACUAAUCAUGUUGAUAAUACUAUGUAUGUAGGUUAGCUAUGUAGUCACUUUCUGUUAGACUGAGAAGUAUCAAUUCAAAAUAGCAAAAC